GGAGUACCGUACGUGGAGGCAGGGCCCAGAAGGAAGGUGGGGUGGGUGGGGUAGUGCUGAACGGACAGCUCCAGUCUCCUAAAGUACAAGACGGAGCUUCCCCCCCCCCCUACGCCAGAAGAGCAGCACAGCCAUGAACCAGCCCAGCUCGCCGUCGUCCAGACCCGCGCUCGCUCUCGGCCCGUCCCCCUGACACGCAGCAGCCAUGAAGAGGCAAAACGUGCGGACCCUGGUCCUCAUCGUCUGCACCUUCACCUACCUGAUGGUGGGCGCGGCCAUUUUCGACGCGCUGGAGUCGCAGACGGAGACGAGCCAGAGGCGAGAGGUGGCCCUGCGCCGGGCCGAGCUGCUCCACACCUUCAACCUGUCCGCGGUGGACUUUGACGUGCUGGAGAAGGUGGUGCUGCAGCUCAAGCCGCACAAAGCCGGCGUGCAGUGGAAAUUCGCCGGCUCCUUUUACUUCGCCAUCACUGUGAUCACCACCAUUGGAUAUGGCCACGCAGCCCCCAGCACAAAUGGAGGGAAGGUGUUCUGCAUGGUCUACGCCCUCCUGGGCAUCCCGCUCACCUUGGUCAUGUUCCAGAGCGUGGGUGAACGCAUCAACACCUUUGUUCGGUUUCUUCUCCAUCGCCUGAAGAAGUGCCUUGGCAUGAGGCGGACCGAGGUCUCCAUGUUCAACAUGGUGACGGUGGGUUUUAUAUCGUGCAUGAGCACCCUUUGCGCGGGGGCGUUGGCUUUCUCCCACUUUGAGGGAUGGAGCUUCUUUCACGCCUACUACUACUGCUUCAUCACUCUCACCACCAUCGGCUUCGGCGACUACGUGGCGCUGCAAAACCACCACGCUCUGCAGACCAAGCCGGACUACGUGGCCUUCAGCUUCAUCUACAUCCUGACCGGCCUGGCCGUGAUCGGAGCCUUCCUCAACUUAGCCGUCCUCCGCUUCAUGACCAUGAACGCCGAGGACGAGAAAAGGGACGCCGAGCAGCGGGCUCUACUCGCCCAUAACGGCCAGGCCGGCAGACACAUGCGCUGCUCCACGGACCAGGCGUCCCCUUCCUCCACGGCAUCCGGGUGCGUCGGGGGAAGCGCGAUGGGCGGAGGCGGGGGAGGAGCGGCGAGUCGGGGACUGCGUAACGUCUACGCCGAGGUGCUCCACUUCCAGUCCAUGUGCUCUUGCCUUUGGUAUAAGAGCAGAGAGAAACUGCAAUAUUCCAUUCCGAUGAUCAUCCCACGUGACCUCUCCAACUCUGACAGCUACAUGGAGCAAGGAGAGGCCUUCUCCAACCCCCUUCACUCCAACGGCUGCAUGUGCGGUCUGCAGCCCCACUCAGGCAUCAGUUCGGUGUCCACUGGUCUGCACAGCAUCAGCGUGUACCGGAGACUCAAUAAAAGAAGAUGCUCCAUCUAGAGCAGCUGGAGGAAGGCGCGAUCUUAAGCCCACUUGAAAUGUACCAUGUGGCACAAGGAGCAGCACGGUAGCUCCGGACAUCGGGGGAUGACUUCCCGCCCAUUUUGCAUCUCUGUUGGUCAGUUGCGGCGUAAAGUAAGCACAAGUCAUUUACGAUUGCGGUGCAUACCUCUGCUACAACAGGUAGUCGGUUGGCCCAUCUACCUCACAGUUCUGAGGUUCGGGAUUCAAAUCUUGGCUGUAGCCCUCCUGUAUGGAGAUGAGCAGAACUGUUCCACAAAGAAACAAAAGUUACUUUGAGCCUUGCGCUUUCUCUUUCCAAAUGUGUAAACGUGAGUGCGGAUGGUUAUUUGUCCAUGUGCCCUGCGAUUGGCCGGUGACCAGUCCAGGUCGGCUGUGAUUGGCUCCAGCUCACCCACAACCCCAAUGACCGCCAAGACAAAAUGACCCUAAUGUGGAUCAGCGCCACAUUCCAGACCUUCCCCAUCUUUUCAUCAGAAGUUAAGUCAAAAGUGAAAAAUACCAAAUUAAAAAGUACGCUGUCGCACUCUACCGAAAUGAUUUGUAAACAUGUACUGAUCAUCUCCGUGGUUAACGAGAAUGAACGUGAAGUUUGUUACACACCUUUGCUUGAACGUUGUGAUUUUUCUGCGAGCAUUUGGAGCGCAUACGAUCGGUCCAAAGGGGAGGAGGAGGUACCACGUGUAAAUAUCACAUUUCCUAAAACAAAAAAAGACUGCGGAUGUAUAUAUACGAGCCAUUUGAAAGAAGAAAAAAAAAAAAGAAACGUGUAUAUAUUUAAACACCUUGACUGACAUUGCUGAGGGAUUUUUUUUUUCUUUGUGUCAGGUUCAAACUUGGCUUCGUCUUUUUUUUUCUUCUCUGAGAUACUUUAUGUUAAAGUUAAGAAUGACUGUUCAACAUCAAAUCUGGAGAUGAGGGAUACUCGUGACUCGCCAUCCCUGCAAUCAGACCUCACAGUUUUAUACAAAUUAAUUCAUUCCGUCUUUUCUGUUUCUUCGUCUUCUUCGUUUCAUUCCUUGUUGCCCGUCAAUGUGUUUCCAUAUAUCGCAGCUCUUGCAUGUAAACUCACGUUGUACAUACUAGACAGUCAUAUCGAACUCACUGCUGCACCUUAGAAGAUUGUUAUGCGCUUUAGGACACUGGAAGUCAGUGCACAUUUGUGUCUUGUUGUAUAGAGACCACUAUUUUCUUUUCUUUUUUUAAAGCAUGGAUACACUUCAGUGUUGAUGACUGAGAUUAUUGGCAGUACGCCUCACCAGAAAAUGGCCUCAGAGUUUGAACCUCAUGCACUUUGCUCAAUUAACACACGUCAGACUAUUUCAGGUCUUCACACAGUUUCCUUUUCCCCUUCAACCCUGUGAUUUUUUUUUUUUUUAAUGGCUAGAGUUUAGGUUUUUUUUUUGGUUUACAAUGUUCCACUAAACAGGUUGUGUGAAAUUUCUUUCUGACUGGUACUUUUCUACAUGCAGAUUCUGAAUAAAUCAGUUGCACCCGAAGAAUUGCAGUCACUCACGUGUGUAGCUAUAUGUUGACACAAUGGGGUUACUUUAUUCCUAAUAAAAACAUAUUUUGGUUUUAAACAA